AUGGCGACGGACGAUCUGCUCAAGAAAGGAGCGAAGAACAAGAAGAACGCGCCCAGUCAGACGGACACUGCUACGACGCAUGGAAAGAGUAAUGGAAAAGGUGCAGGGGUGGGCGGUUUCCAGCACUUGGGCCUCAGUCCGCUCGUGUUCCGCGGUGUCAUGGCCAUGGGCUACAAAGUGCCGACGCCCAUCCAGCGCAAGUCGCUGCCUAUCGUGCUGUCUGGAAAAGACUGCGUUGCAAUGGCCCGCACUGGAUCGGGCAAGACGGCUGCUUUCUUGAUUCCUAUGGUGGAGAAACUCAAGGAGCACUCGACCAAGAUUGGCGUGCGCGCUCUGGUGCUCUCGCCUACACGCGAACUGGCGGUGCAGACGCUUCGCUUUACGAAGCAAUUGGCCAAGUUUACUACACUCAAGAUGGCGCUCAUUGUUGGCGGUGAAGGCAUGGACCAGCAGUUUGAGGCCAUUGCAGCGAACCCGGACGUGCUCAUUGCAACACCUGGUCGCUUGAUGCACCAUUUGCAGGAAAUUCCUGACUUUAAUUUGAAAGCUAUCGAGUAUGUGGUCUUUGACGAAGCGGACCGUAUAUUUGAGAUGGGCUUUGCGGAGCAGCUGCAGGAGAUCUUGAAGAAUAUGCCCACGAGCAGACAGACGCUGUUGUUCUCGGCGACGCUGCCAAAGGCUCUCGUACAAUUUGCCCGAGCUGGUUUGUGUGAUCCUGAGCUGAUUCGCUUGGAUGUGGAGAAUAAGAUCUCGGAGAACCUAAAGAUGGCGUUUUUUACGGUGAGGUCGUUGGACAAGCCGGCAUUGUUCCUGUACAUGGUCCGAGAGUUUUUGCCCAAGGGUGAUCAGACGAUUGUUUUCGCAGCUACUCGUCAUCACGUAGAAUUUCUACAUGCUUUGUUGGCGGCAAGUCACAUUGAGGCAUCGUAUGCGUAUGGUGACAUGGACCAAGCCUCUCAUAAAAUAAAUCUGGGCAAGUUCCGUGCCAAGAAGACAGAUUUGCUCAUUGUGACAGAUGUGGCAGCUCGUGGUAUCGAUAUUCCACUGCUAAACAAUGUGCUGAACUACUCGUUUCCGCCUACGGCUAAGCUUUUCGUACAUCGUGUGGGUCGUGCAGCUCGUGCAGGCCGUAGUGGUACGGCUUUUAGCUUUGUGGAUCCGGACGAAACUCCAUUUAUGGUUGACUUGCACCUUUACAUCGGGCGCCGACUAGAGGACUCUUCACCAGAGGAACACGCCGGCACCAAGCCGUAUUCGCUGAGUUCUAUGAAGGUUGCAGACGUUCACUAUGGAGCAUUUCCUAAUGAACUAAUUGAUCAAGAGAAUGAAGCCAUCACGGAGCUGAUGUCUAGCCAUCCGCAAGUGUCUCCGCUCGUGAAGGUCUGCGACAACGCUUACAAAGCUUACGCGCGUACCCGCGCUGACCCGUCGAAACUCUCCAUUCGACGUGGGAAGGAACUUGCAGUGAAGAAGGUUCACCCUUUGUUUCAGCAGGAAUACGUGCUUGACAAGAGCAAGGCUGAUAAGGCAGCGUACGUGGACUCGCUGCUUUCGUUUCGUCCACCUCAGACGAUUUUUGAGAUUGCUGCAGGUGCACACUCGUCGGUAAAGCGUUCGUCACCUGGUGUACAAAUGAUGGUGAAGAAGCGAAAGCUGCACGGCAAGAUCAUUGCUACUGAGACAACCAAGGCUGCUAGUAUAGUCAAGGCGAAUGAAGAGGCAGCUGCCAUUAACGCUAUGGCCAACAUGGAGGAAAUGGUUGAUGCCGAUGGCCAAGUAGUGGCAUCUAAGGAGAAAGCGGUCGAUGUUGUGGAGACGAGAGACGAGGAAGCAGCUUUGGCUCCGAAGAAAAAGACCGUGUUUUUGUCCAAACACGAUCGUAAACAGCUUAAGAAACGUGUGGCCGCUGGUGAGAAAGAAGAGGACGUACUGAGGCAGGUGGCUGCAGCUAAGGAGCAAGGAGCAAAUGGCGUUGCGAAUUGCAAAGACCGGGAACAUGGAGAAGACUUGUCGUUUAAGGAUGACGAUAACUACAUCAGUUACAUGAAGGAUGGCGACUACACUACCGAGGGCUUUUUGGCAAAGAAUGCUGAUGGUGGCAAGGUGAAUGCUUUUGCGGAAGCUCGUUUGGAGGAAGCCAUCUUGGAUGUGAACCCCGAUGAGGCUAUUGAGAUGAACAAGAAGCGUCGUAUUCUGCACUGGGAUGUGCGCAAGAAGAAAUUUGUCAAGACUACUGCUGGUGAGCUCACCAGUCAGGGCACACUCAAGCGCCGCAACGAGAGCGGUGUCAGUGUCCGUAAGAAACACCACGUGGGUGAAGCAUACCGCAAGUGGCAGCAGAAGCAGCACAAGCGCGUUGCUGGUGGCGGUGUCGAAAUGGACGAGGAUGGCGAUGGUGAGAGUCGCAAGAUGGACUAUCGCAAUGGGAAGAAGCCGCGUGGUGGCGUUUCCAUGGUGAACCGCAGUCAUGUGAACAAGUUUGCGAAGGAUGAGCUGGUGAGCGAGGGCAAGAUCCGUAAGGAGGAGAAGCGCAAGGCUCGUUCGCGCGGCACCAAGGUCACUUCUGGCGUGAGGUCGAAGCGCGGUAAGGGUAACGUCAAGGGCAAAAGUCACGGCGCGCCUACGAGAAGCAAAGCGAUCAUCAAGAAGCGGUGA